CUCGUGGAAAAAGUCAGGGAAAAUGUCGCUGCUCAAAGUCCGAAGGCGGGAAAAGCUGCUGAAUGUCCAUGAACUCCAGGACAUGAGGACAAACUGGAGAUAGUGGGAGGUGGUUAAGGGACUGAGCGGAGGCUCCAGCGCCUCCUGUGGGAUCCUGGCAGCAGCCUAUCGCAGCCGGGCUGAAGGGCACGGGAUGAUGGAGUGGAGGCGGAGGCAGAGAGAGGCAGAGAGGCAGAGAGAGGAGAGCCGGUGCAGAACCCAACAAACCCACAAGUGACAGUGCCAAGACCGGACCUGCGGUGACGACACGCGUGCGCCCUGUCGCUUUUGGGACGCGCAGAGUUCGGCUUUACGCACGAAUUUAGUGGAAUCUGGACUUUACGCACUUUUCUGACGAAGAGUCAAAGGAUGUUACGAAGAUCAGUGGCCGCUGCUGUUUUUUUUUUUGUUGGUUUCUGUGUCUAAAGUCCGGGAGUGAGGCGUGAACGAGGACACGGUUUUCAUCCACGACGAGCGAGACAACUGUGGGGGAAACGAGUCACUUCUAGACGCGGGGAAACCUCGGGAGACCGAGAUCCAGGAGGAGCUCACCGGAGUUCAGGGCACAGAGUGAAGCAUGUCGGGACCGUGCGUAACAGCUGUGCGUAAAAGCUGCCGCUGAACCAAACAGGACUGGACAGGAAGUGGACUAACAUUAAAAAAAAAAUCAAAAUCAAAAUCUCUAAAUUUCCAUAUCCAGUGUGAGUUGGCUGGAGUGCAGCCAAUCAGCCGGCGGAGGGGCAGCGGGAGUCGUAAAAACAUUAUCCUCCCUCCAUCAUAAUUAGCCUGACAUGCGCAAUCUGCACUCGGACAUCAGCGCCGUCAGCAGCUGCAGCAGAAGCUCCGCGAUUUCACCGAGUCUCCUGCCGGUGUAAGGAUCCCGGAUCCCGGUCCCUGGCUGUAGAUGCUGCCGGCGGCGGUGGAGGAGGAGGAGAAGCGGCAGCAGCAGGAGGUGGAGGAGGAGGAGCAGUGAGUCACAGAGAGAGGGAGAGAGAUAAAGGAGUAGAGGAGAAGAUCCAACAUGUCCCGGCGCAAACAAGCCAAACCUCAGCAGCUCCGGUCGGAGAGUGGAGUGGAGCGGAGACACGGCAUUGUGGAAGUCGGAGGGAGAGGGCAGAGCAGCAGAGGAUGCCACAGCAGUGAGGACACACACAUCUGUGAAAAAUGCUGUGCUGAGUUCUUCACAUGGACUGAACUGAGCCAACACCACGCAGUCUGCACCGACGACCCUCUGGUGCUGAUAGUCAAAGACAACGAAGUUCACCAGGAGUCUUCUGCGGGAACCUCCCCGGUUCCGAGCGUCGCCUCCAGCGUCUCUUCUCCGGAGGAGUCCACAGACGUGUGUUUCGAUGUAGGAGAGAUGCCGGCCAAUGACGGCAGCUCGGAUAACGUGGAAGAAAGCCCCGAGGCGGAUGAAGCCAUGGAGGUGGAGCGUCAUCCUGUGGAGACGUACGAUUCCACAGCCAGUCCCAGGCUUCCAGACUCGGCCCAGUCCACGUUCCCUCAGACGCCUGCAGCAGACAGCUACAGCGUUCCCAGUACCAACGUGACGUUGGAGAUCCUCCACAGCACCAGAGUGGCCGUAGCUCAGUUCUCCCAGGGGAUCCACGGCAGCGGGUCGGGAGGUAAAUCGGCGUCCGCGGCCAUCCCAGUCAUCCUGGAGCACCUGCUGGCUCUGCAGCAGCAACAGGUUCACCAGCUGCAGCUGAUUGAGCAGAUCUGCAGCCAGGUGGCGGUCAUGAACAGGCACCCGACGCAAGCUGCUUUAAAUCCUGUCUCCAGAUCCCUGUCUCUGGCACCAAACCCUUUUCCUUCCCAGAGUGUCCCCCCUCCUCCUCCUCCUCCUCCUCCCAUCCUGCCUCUUUCGGGAACCAUGCCUUCGUCCGUUAACGGUCAGGCUGCUGUGUCCAUGCCGUCUGUGGUGGAGAGGUCACAGCCCGUCCCUUCGAAGUCUGUGUGUGAGACGUCCAGCUGUAGGGAUGUAACUCGUACCUCAGCCUCCUCUGAGUUAUCAGCUCCAUCUCUACCCAGAGGCGGCGGCGGCGGCGGCGGCAGCAUCGUGAGCCACAUGUCAUCGCUGCUGCCUCCGUACACGGCCUCACAGAACACUCCCACGCUGAGCUCUCCCAGCAGCUCACUGUCACUGGGGCAGAACGGCCUCCUCAGCGCCCCCUCCAGCCUGCCAUUUCUACCUCAGAGCCCCCCCAGCAGUGUCAUCUUCCCCAAUCAUUUAGCUAGCAUCGCUGCCACGGCGAAUGCACUCGACCCGCUCGCCGCCCUGAUGAAGCACAGAAAAGGGAAACUGUCGAGCGUGUCCCUGUUUGAGUCCAAGCCCAGUCCGGAGGAACCCUUCUUCAAGCAUAAAUGUCGGUUCUGUGCCAAAGUGUUUGGCAGUGACAGUGCUCUGCAGAUCCAUCUGCGCUCACACACAGGAGAGCGGCCCUUCAAGUGUAACAUCUGCGGCAAUCGGUUCUCCACAAAGGGAAACCUAAAGGUUCACUUCCAGAGGCAUAAAGAGAAGUACCCUCACAUCCAGAUGAACCCUUACCCGGUGCCAGAGUAUCUAGACAAUGUGCCAACAACUUCUGGGAUUCCCUACGGAAUGACCGUGCCUCCAGAGAAACCCGUCACCUCCUGGAUGGAGAGCAAACCCAGCUUAGCAACUCUGCCGGUCAGUUUGGGUCUUCCCCUCUCCUCCACUAUUACCAGUAUCGGAGGCUCGAGUGACCUUGUAAGUGUAACACCAUCCGAUAAGUCUUCAUACCAGCCGUCGACUGGUGAAUGUGCGUCUUUGUCCCCCGAUCGCAGAGGCAGCGAGGCUCAUCUCUCUCCCGUUUCACAGUCUAGCCCUGAGACGGACGCGUCCACUCUUCUGAAAACAGACGGAGCUCACUUGCCUCGGAGCUGCCCCACGAGGCCCAGAUCCACCCCGCUCACCAACACUAGCAGCGCCACCAUCCCAACGUUGGCCGCGACCCCCGAACCAGCCACCUCGGCCUCGCCCGUGCCCAAGUCUUCGCCUGGGCUUCUGACCUCUGACGGAACUCAGUCGCCCUCCGGUGGGCUCCUGGAGUCUAUGCAAACCUCCGAAACCUCAAAGCUCCAGCAGCUGGUGGAGAACAUCGACAAAAAGAUCACUGACCCCAACCAGUGUGUGCUCUGUCACCGCGUCCUCAGCUGUCAGAGCGCCCUGAAGAUGCACUACCGCAUCCACACCGGAGAGAGGCCGUUCAAGUGUAAAGUCUGCGGCAGGGCCUUCACCACCAAAGGUAACCUGAAGACUCACGUCGGCGUUCACAGGGAGAAUCCUCCGGUUCAGGUGCAGCACUCCUGUCCUAUUUGCCAGAAGAAGUUCACCAACGCCGUUGUUCUUCAGCAGCACAUUAGGCUGCACAUGGUGGGCCACAUCCCAGACUCCACACUCGUGGACGGCGUGCAGGACAUGGACAGCGACGUGUCUGUCAACGGGACCAACUUUGACAGUCUUAGCAGCAACGGCAACGAUUUCACUGAUGAUAUUUCUAUGGAGGAUGAUAUCGAGGAAGAGGAAGUAGAGGAAAUCUUGAAGGACGAUGAGACCCCCCCAAACCUCCUGAUCCCAGACUGUAAUUCUCCUCCUAAGGCAUUUUCCAUUGUUUCAAGUCUGGCAGCCCUGGAAAACCAGAUGAGGAUGAUUGACUCAGGCCACAGUUUAAACCACUCAUUUGGCGUUAAACCCCUAACAAAUGGUCUCAUUGACAGCAGCUCCGUUAACAUUAGAUGUGCCGUGACGGAGAACUCACCCUCCAUCGUCCCAAAUGUGUCUGAAUCUUCCAGCUUGCCUCACGCCUCCACGUCUCCGAUCCAAAGCGUCUCUGACAACAUGACGAUCAAAUCCCCUGAAGUCAAGGUCAGCAGGCCUGACUCUGGAGAGCGUUUGGUCGCGACGGUGAAGAAGGAGGAAUCUGAAUCUCCGACCUGUGCGUCUUUCCCCUCAACGUUCCAGGACUUGAGGGGAGCAGAACUAAUCAAACACGGCGUGAAAGAAGAAAGUCCUUACAAUUUGUCUUUCCUGCCGAGCAGAGACAGAGGUCAAACCACCCCCAGCCUGGCCACCAACACGUCACCAGCUGUGGUCAAAACUGAGGUGAAUGGCCUCAGUGAGGGCCAUCAGCCUCCAUUCACUGUGCACAUCCCCGCUGCGUAUCCGUUAGUCAGCAGCCCUGCGGUGACGUCGCUCCUCGGCCCGGCACCUCCACGACGGACGCCCAAGCAGCACAACUGCAGCGCCUGUGGGAAGAACUUCUCCUCGGCCAGCGCCCUCCAGAUCCAUGAGCGCACACACACUGGAGAGAAACCCUUCGUCUGUUCCAUCUGUGGGAGAGCUUUUACAACUAAAGGCAAUUUAAAGGUUCACAUGGGGACCCACAUGUGGAACAAUGCACCGGCCAGGAGGGGCAGGCGGCUGUCAGUGGACAACCCCAUGGCCCUGCUGGGCGGAGAGGCCGCCAAGUUCGGGGAGAUGUUCCAGAAGGACCUGGCUGCUCGAGCCAUGAAUGUAGACGCUGGAUUUUGGAACCGCUACGCAACAGCUAUCACCAACAGCUUGGCCAUGAAGAGCAACGAGAUCUCAGUGAUUCAGAACCGAGGCAUCUCUCAGCUUCACCCUCUGACUGCAGGCAUGGACAGAGUGAGCGCCGCAGGAAAUUCAAUACCAAGUCUCACCAAGACUGGCAUGGACCGACACUUUUCUCUGCUGAUCGACGACAGCAAAGACAUUGGGAUUAAUUGACCGAGAAGCUGAAUAUUAUGAUUUACUACUUAUGCAAAAUAUCCAGGACAAUAAAAUAUUUGUAAAAACUAAAGUUUGUUCUUAUGUAUUAUAUAUUGUGUUUUUAAAAAAAUAACUUUUUAUCAUUGUGUGUGGAGAGCAGGACAUUCACAUUUUGCUAUUUUCUUUCCAGUCAUUUGUGAAUGUUUUUCUAAAGACAUAAACGCAGUCCAACGCGUACCUGAGAAUUCCUACGGUGCUCAGAUGUAUGAACAUAUGUUUGCAUCAAUAAUUCAAAAGGACAACUAUUUCCUGCAGACAGCUGCCCAACGCUGCAAAGCACAAGGUCUGAUCCUACAUCCCUACAACUACACUCUGCAACGGUGUGUUGUCAGUGUUUCUGGUAAGAAAGUCUUAUCCACAACAAGAAGCUGGACCGAAUAAACAAAC